AUGGUUGAAGAUCCUGCUGAAGAACAAAUAGUAUGGUCAAGCAACGGCGACUACUUUAAGGUCAUUUCGCCUAGCAAGUUUUCGAGUACAACACUGCCACAAUAUUUCAGGCAUAACAACUGGACCAGUUUUGUCAGACAGCUAAACAUGUAUGGAUUUCAUAAAGUGAGUGAAUAUCGCGACGAUUUGAAUCAAGAUACAUGGUGUUUCAAGCACACCUUGUUUUAUCGCGGGGGCAAACAAUCGUCACAUCUAAUCCGCCGCAAACGUGUUCAUGCCAGCGAUAUGCCAGAAGACGCAGAGUCUGAAGAAAGCACAGCCGCUGUUACUGAUGCUUUGGAACCGCUCCCUUUGGAAAUACAGUUGGGACGAAUCGAAGAAGCGGUAUCAAAAGUGCAAACUAAAUCGCAAGUGGUCGGCAGUGAGCUACGCCAGCUGAAAACCUCGGUUCAAAGACAGCAACAGGUACUUUGGAUCGCUCCCGCAACAGCCUGUGUCACAACCAAUUCCUUUAUUUUUUAUUCUCUUGGUAGAAGACCGAGCAAAGUCACCAAUAACGCCGACACUAACGGCAGCAGCACAAGCAACGACGACGACAGCACCAGCAGCGAUGUCCAACAACAUAACUACUACCCCAACUACUAAUAGCGUCGCUGCUACUACUACUUCUAGUGCUAUUUGUACUACUGAUAAUUAUUAUUUCAACAGCUAUACUACAACAGCACCGCACGACUGUUAUCGUUACGGAUACGAUCCGGUUUGGGAUCGCAUGCGCUGUGGCUGUCCCGGCCCAAAGCAGCAGGAUUAAAGCAGAAAGGAGCAUCAUUUAACCACACUGCAACACAACCAACGGGGGGAAAAGGGAUAUAUUUUGGAAGAGAGGAAAGUGAUGAACUGCUUUGUAAUGUGUCAAGAGCUGUCUGCUACUGGACCAUAAGAAAAAACGAUCCUCUCUCAAUAUAUGAUCCUACAUGUACAAUGUAUAUAUUAACGUUCCAAUAAGAGCAAAGGUGCUCUUUAUAAUUCGAUGUUUAUCUUCUUGUUAUGGCAACUACAAGUGCCCACGUAAACGUGGGCCCACUAGU